ACAAGUUCCUGGCUGAGCAGAGGACAACUGCCGUCGGUGACAGAGAUGACGGGGGCAGCGGGGACGGCGGCCCGCAGGGAUUGACUCUUUCAUUCCCCGCCUCCCAGCACGAUGCUGACGGGAGGCUGACAGGAAACCCAGCCUUCUGCAGAGCAAGGCCUUAUCUUCGCUGCCCCAAAGGACACAGCCUAUCCCACGAGCCGGGAAGAUGGAACCAGGCUUACUGAUGUGGAGAUUCCUCACACUCAUUCUGGUAACAGAAGGCGUGACAGAGUUUUGUCCUCACAGCCUACCAGAUGUCAGAAAUGCCACGUUCGAGGCCCUCACCUACAAGGUGGGCACGCUGCUAAACUGUGGAUGCAAGAGAGGCUUCCGCAGAAUAAGCAAUGGGGCGGCCUUUAUGAACUGUACGGGGGACCCCGGCCACCCUUCCUGGGGAAACCAGUGUCAAUGCGUGAGGAAUUCCCGUGGGAACAGUGAAAAGCAAGUUCCUCCCAAACCCGAAGAACAGAAGGAAAGAAAACCUACGGAUAUGCAGAGCCAACUGCAGCCCACGAACCAAGCUACCCUUCCAGGCCACUGCAGGAAGCCUCCGCCAUGGGACCACGAAGAUUCGGAGAGAAUCUACCAUUUCGUGGUGGGGCAGACAGUACACUACAAGUGUGCCCCGGGAUUCAGGGCCCUGCAGAGAGGUCCUGCCACGAGCGUCUGCAAAAUGGCAUGCGGGAUGACGAAGUGGACGCAGCCCCAGAUCAGGUGCAUGAAGGCAAGGCAGGACGGCCAGCUGCCAGGUGACGAAGAGCUCGAAGCAAGCACGGAUACUCCUGAGCAUGAGACUUCCUGUCCCUUCGUAACGACAGCCACUACAGAUUUUCAAAAACAAACAGAAGUGGCUGCGACCGUGGAGCCGUUCAUAUUCACCACCGAGUACCAGAUAGCAGUGGCCUGCUGCGCCUUCCUGCUGGUCAGCACCCUCCUCCUGAGCGGGCUCGCCUGGCAGCGGAGACGGUGAACCCCACACCCAAGAAGCCCCGGCGCAGGAAAAGCACCUGGGCAGAGACCCCUUGGCGGGGUGAGGAGAACUGGCCAGCGCCCACUCACCCUGAGUCAUGGCAGGGGAGCGCGAAGGGAGCCAACACUGGUCGAGGCCCACUGGACACCGGGCUCCACGCUCAUCUAAUGCACGUAGCCACCCGCCUUCUCAGAAACCUGCGCUCAGGCCUCCGAGUAAUGUGACCCAGGCUGCGAGCUGAGG